AUGGACGAAGCGUUCCAGAAAAACACACCUCCGGCCAAUCAACGCUUGGUACGUACCCUCCCCGAAACCGGAAAGAAGGCACUUUUGGUUGGCUCAUACACGACCCGUAUUCAUGGCUUGCCAAUCGAGGAGGGCAAAGCGUUGUUGAAGGAGCUGCUCGAAUGGUCAACACAGCCGCAGUUUGUGUAUCGCCACACAUGGCGGGUGAAUGAUUCGUUGUGUAUGACAACCGUUGCUGCUUGCACCGGGGACGGGCUUGGGAUCGCGGAAAGUACAAGCGCGUGCUUCACCGCACAACCUUAG